GCCGCGGGUUUCAGGAUUUAUUCUGAUUUACCUGGUCGGAUCUGAAGCAGAUUAUUUGUAUUGAUCAGUUUUGGGAUGAUUAUUGAUCAGGGCGCGCUGCUGGGGGUCUGUCAUCCGCUUCUGUUCACCUUCAAAACACUGCGUUGUUCAUCAGUCCGGGUUGCCAGAUUGCGCUGUGAUUUUGACUAUAACAAUGGCCUUCACUUCUUAGAUAUUUAAAUUCGUGGAUUUGUUGAUAAUUUUGUUUCCUGGCGCGUUUUUAUGGUGAUUUAUUCUAAAUUAACGUCAUUUUAUUAGUUACUAGUUUAAUUAAUAGCAGGGAGGGGUUUUAAAGCUGAGCAGGACAGAGAAUCCCUGCAAUCUGGCAACCAUGAACCGGGAGGGUGACUCUCCAGUAAACAGGAAGGUGGUUAAGAGCGCGGGGGCUGCAGAGCCCGGGGUCACAGGUGCAGCAGCAUCACCAGCUGAAUCUCUGACUCCGCCCUCCGCUCCUGAGAGAAGGCUUCUGACCAAUGGGCACGCUUCACCUGUUCGUCUUCCGGCCAAUAGCAGCAACCAGCCAGAUAAUCAGUGUCUGGAGGGUUUCCUCAAAACAGACGACAGGAUGAGACUGGCGAGGGAGAGGCGAGAGGAGAGAGAGAGGAGUCUGGCGAUGAGAGAGCAGAUGAUCCUGGAGAAGGAGCGUCGAGCUCAGCUGCAGUACGAGAGGAGCAGGGAGGAGCGGUGGAGGCGUUUAGAGGAGCAGAAGCUGAAGGAGGAGCAGCGCAGGGCCGCGGUGGAGGAGAAGAGGAGGCAGCAGCUCGAGGAGGAGAAGGAACGUCUGGAAGCUCUGAUGAGAAAAUCACUGGAGAGAAGCUUACAGCUGGAGAACAGGAACAAACGCUGGACAUGGGGGGCCAACGGGGGGCCCGGUGACUCCGCCCUUCCCCAUGACCCCAUGGCUCACUCUUCUGCUGUCAACGAAUCAGGCAAUGUUCUAUCCAGUCCUCACAGGUCACCGUACCGAGGAUCACCCAGCCGCCGGCGUGCCAGGGGGACGAGUGCCGGGGCAAAUUCAGCCCCCAACACCCCAAAGAAGGAGAGAUCACACACAGGAAGAAUCACGACUGGAUCUCCUGUAAGACGAGACCGAUCUCCUGCUGACAUCAUCAAACACUCAUCAUCAAAAGGUCGUACUCAGUCUCCUGUUCCAGUACACCAUUACCCAUCAUCCCCUCUGAGACACCGACCCAACGACAAACGAGUUCUAGUUUCUGACCCUGCAGGUAAAAAACCCACAAAACCUGAGGAACCUGGGAGAGUGGACACGCCCGGAAUCAAACCCUCCGAGAGAGGAACCCCUAAACCCCCCAGUGCACCAUCAACCCCCAUAAAGGGUCGAGCAGCAAACCACGGUCCGAGGAACAGCGGGUCCGAAACACACGAGAACCGCUCAGGUACUGAGGGUACUGCAGGCAGGAACACGGUUGCUGCAGUAACGGCGGAUUCUGAUGAAGCGUCUCGUCUGUUAGCGGAGCGGCGGCGUCUCUCUCACCUGCAGAAAGAACAGGAGAGACUGAAACUUCAGCAGCAGCAGAAACAGGAAGAGGAGCAGAGGAACAGGAAGGAACGUCAGGAUGAAGAGAAGGACCCGCAGGACAAGCUGGAGAUUCAGAAGAGGGAGGUGGAGGUUCGUCAGAAGCAGAAACGAGAUCUGAUGCAGCAGCAGGAGGUGCAGGAGAGACAACAGAGGAAAAAGAGGAUUGAGGAGAUCAUGAAGAGGACGAGGACCAACAGUGGAGAGCUGAAGAACGAGGACGUUCAGGAGCUUCAGUCUCCCCCGUCACAAUCACUCUCUCCUCCAGGUGAAAUUCAAGUGAGCUCAGAGGUGACUGGUGAGGUGAAAGCUCCGCCCACCAACGGACAGGUGAGGCUACACCCACCCACACCAAUCAGCAGGCAGGAGAGCACAGAGAGGAAACUACACCCACCUGCACAGGUGAGCAGCACAGUGCACACUCAGGUGAAGAAACAGGAACAUGAGGGACAGGUGAGAAGUCCUACAUCCCAGCAGAACAACGGCCCGAUGAAAAGCCCCACCUCACCACAGGUGAAAAGCCCCGCCUCACCACAGGUGAAAAGCCCCGCCUCACCACAGGUGAAAAGCCCCGCCUCCCCACAGGUGAAAAGCCCCGCCUCCCCACAGGUGAAAAGCCCCACCUCUGAACAGGUGAAAAGCCCCACCUCCCCACAGGUGAAAAGCCCCGCCUCUGAACAGGUGAAAAGCCCCACCUCCCCACAGGUGAAAAGCCCCGCCUCUGAACAGGUGAAAAGCCCCGCCUCCCCACAGGUGAAAAGCCCCGCCUCUACACAAGUGAAAAGCCCCGCCUCUGAACAGGUAAAAAGCCCCACCUCUACACAAGUAAAAAGCCCCGCCUCCCCACAGGUGAAAAGUCCCGCCUCUUCACAGAUGAAAAGCCCCGCCUCUGAACAAGUGAAAAGCCCCGUCUCCCCACAACUGAAAAGCCCCGCCUCUCCGCAGGUGAAAAGCCCCGCCUCUGAACAGGUGAAAAGCCCCGCCUCUCCACAGGUGAAAAGUCCCGCCUCUCCACAGGUGAAAAGCCCUGCCUCUGAACAGGUGAAAAGUCCCUCCUCUCCACAGAUGAAAAGCCCCUCCUUUGAACAGGUGAAAAGUCCCGCCUCUCCACAGAUGAAAAGCCCCUCCUUUGAACAGGUGAAAAGUCCCGCCUCUCCACAGGUGAAAAGCCCCUCCUUUGAACAGGUGAAAAGUCCCGCCUCUCCACAGAUGAAAAGCCCCUCCUUUGAACAGGUGAAAAGUCCUGCCUCUCCACAGGUGAAAAGCCCCUCCUUUGAACAGGUGAAAAGUCCCGCCUCUCCACAGAUGAAAAGCCCCUCCUUUGAACAGGUGAAAAGUCCCGCCUCUCCACAGAUGAAAAGCCCCUCCUUUGAACAGGUGAAAAGUCCCGCCUCUCCACAGAUGAAAAGCCCCUCCUUUGAACAGGUGAAAAGUCCCGCCUCUCCGCAGGUGAAAAGCCCCUCCUUUGAACAGGUGAAAAGUCCCGCCUCUCCACAGGUGAAAAGCCCCUCCUUUGAACAGGUGAAAAGUCCCGCCUCUCCACAGAUGAAAAGCCCCUCCUUUGAACAGGUGAAAAGUCCCGCCUCUCCGCAGGUGAAAAGCCCCGCCUCUGAACAGGUGAAAAAUCCCGCCUCUUCACAGAUGAAAAGCCCUGCCUCUGAUCGGGUAAAAAGCCCCGCCUAUCCACAAGUAAAAAGCCCAGCCUCUCCACAGACGAAAAGUUCCGCCUCUCCGCAGGUGAAAAGCCCUGCCCUUGAUCAGCUAAAAAGCCCCUCCUUUGAACAGGUGAAAAGUCCUGCCUCUCCACAGAUGAAAAGCCCCUCCUUUGAACAGGUGAAAAGUCCCGCCUCUCCACAGGUGAAAAGCCCCUCCUUUGAACAGGUGAAAAGUCCCGCCUCUUCACAGAUGAAAAGCCCUGCCUCUGAUCGGGUAAAAAGCCCCGCCUAUCCACAAGUAAAAAGCCCAGCCUCUCCACAGACGAAAAGUUCCGCCUCUCCGCAGGUGAAAAGCCCUGCCCUUGAUCAGCUAAAAAGCCCCUCCUUUGAACAGGUGAAAAGUCCUGCCUCUCCACAGAUGAAAAGCCCCUCCUUUGAACAGGUGAAAAGUCCCGCCUCUCCACAGGUGAAAAGCCCCUCCUUUGAACAGGUGAAAAGUCCCGCCUCUCCACAGAUGAAAAGCCCCUCCUUUGAACAGGUGAAAAGUCCCGCCUCUCCACAGAUGAAAAGCCCCUCCUUUGAACAGGUGAAAAGUCCCGCCUCUCCACAGAUGAAAAGCCCCUCCUUUGAACAGGUGAAAAGUCCCGCCUCUCCACAGAUGAAAAGCCCCUCCUUUGAACAGGUGAAAAGUCCCGCCUCUCCGCAGGUGAAAAGCCCCGCCUCUGAACAGGUGAAAAAUCCCGCCUCUUCACAGAUGAAAAGCCCUGCCUCUGAUCGGGUAAAAAGCCCCGCCUAUCCACAAGUAAAAAGCCCAGCCUCUCCACAGACGAAAAGUUCCGCCUCUCCGCAGGUGAAAAGCCCUGCCCUUGAUCAGCUAAAAAGCCCCUCCUUUGAACAGGUGAAAAGUCCUGCCUCUCCACAGACGAAAAGUUCCGCCUCUCCGCAGGUGAAAAGCCCUGCCCUUGAUCAGCUAAAAAGCCCCUCCUUUGAACAGGUGAAAAGUCCUGCCUCUCCACAGGUGAAAAGCCCCGCCCCUGAUCAGGUAAAGAGCCCCUCUUUUGAACAGGUAAAAAGCCCCUCCUUUGAACAGGUAAGGAGCCCCGCCUCUGAACAGGUGAAAAGCCCCGCCUCUCAGCAGAUAAAAAGCCCCUCCUUUGAACAGGUAAGGAGCCCCACCUCACCACAGAUGAAAAGCCCCGCCUCUCAACAGGUGAAAAGUCCUGCCUCCCCACAGGUGAAAAGCCCCGCCUCUCAGCAAAAAAAAAGCCCCGCCUCACCACAGAUUAAAAGCCCCGCCUCUGAACAGGUGAAAAGUUCCGCCUCUGAGCAGGUGAAAAGCCCCGCCUCUCCUCAGAUGAAAAGCCUCGCCUCUCCUCAGAUGAAAAGCCCCGCCUCUCCUCAGAUGAAAAGUCUCUCUGAUCAGAUUAAAACCCUGGCCUCUCCAUGGGUGAAAAGCCCCGCCUCUGAACAGGUGAAAAGUCCCGCCUCUGAUCAGGUGAUAAGCCCUGCCCCCCAAACUGCAAAUGGCCAGAUAAAAAGUGACUUUUUGCAGCUGAAAUCUCCCGCCUCUGAACUAAUGAAAAGCCCUGCCUCCUUACAAGGCACCGGGCAGGUGAAAAGCCCCACCUCUCCACAGGUGAAAAGCCCCGCCUCUCCUCAGAUGAAAACUAAUGAACUAAUUAAAAGCCCCGCCUCCUUACAAGGCACCGGGCAGGUGAAAAGCCCCGCCUCUCCACAGGUGAAAAGCCCUGCCUCUCCACAGGUGAAAAGCCCUGCCUCUCCACAAAUGAACAACCAGGUGAUAAAAUCUCCCUCUGAUCAACUGAAAUCUGAACACACCUUUCAACAGGUGAACACCAAUCAGCAUCCCAACAGCCAUGUGAGGAACCCCGCCUACGAACAGGUAAAAAGUCCCGCCUCCCAGCAGGUGACGGGUCACGCCCCAGAGCAGGUGAGCGGCCGGGUGCAAAUCUCUCCGUUUCAGCACGUAAAAAACCUGCUGAUAAGCCCCGCCUCCAAACAGGUGUACAUCCAUGUAAACCCGCAGGUGAAGACCGACAUCAUAGGGUCAUCACAGGUAACAUCAAAAACCACUUUGGGUAGCCUGGCCCCCUUUAGCCCACUUCCUGUAUCACAAAUCCCGCCCCCGCCUAGUCACCUGGAGUCUCCAGGGAAAAGAGGCGGAGCCAGGAAGGAGGUGCAGUCGAUGGAGGUCAGCCCCGUGUGUAAGGAGGAGCUGGUCUCCAUCCCCAAGUUCUCUCCGGUGGCUGAAGUUCAGAAUGCGGUGAAUAACGCUCGCAGUAACGCGCUGGAGGACCUGCUGGAUCUGACGGGUCACGUGGCGUAUCCCAUAAUGCAUCACGGCACCAGGAAUGGAGACUGCAAUAAAAACGUACUUCAACCGAAACAGCCUUCGAACCCCCUGAACACCAAAUAAAGAGGAGAGAUGAAGGAAAAAGAAGCAAAAGACAAAAAUCAUGACGUUUCAUCAUCAGAUCUGUAACGUUUGAUCUUCAGAAUCAGUUCCAGUACAUAAACACACACAUACCAGUUCCAGCUCCGCCCGGUGUAUCAUCCUGACGUUUAUUCUCACCUCACCGUGAACAUCAGCACUCACCACAUCACUCAGAUCUAAUCAGUUUCUCUCUCACUGUUUAUUGUCAGACUGGCACGGCGGCUCGGUCGGUAGCAGUGUCGCUUCACAGCAAGAAUGUCUUGGGUGCUUUCUGUGUGGAGUUUUGCAUGUUCUCCCUGUGUCUGUGUGGGUUUCCUCCCACAGUACAAAAACGUGCAGUCAUGAUAAAUUGGAGAUACUAAAAUGCCCCCUAGAGGUGUGUGUGUGUGUGUGUGUGUGUGUGUGUGUGUGUGUGUGUGUGUGUGUGUGUGUGUGUGUGUGUGUUUGUCCUGUGAUAAAGUUGCACCCACUUUUUGCCCAGUGAACUGCAUCCACCGUGACCCUGACCAGGAUAAAGCGGUGGUAAAACAGUGAAUGAAUGUUUGUUGUCAGGGUAAACGUGAUGACGUGGCAUGAAUCUCUUUACUGUAUUAAACUGCUCUGUCAUGACAAACAGGAGAUAAACACACUCACUCUGUACAGCUGCUACAGCCACAGCGCCCCCUGGCUGCAGCACUCAGAAUGUGUGAUAUUAACAUAGGGAAUAAUUCUCAUAGCACAACAACGACUAACAGUAUAAAUAUGAUAUAGAAUGUUAGGGUAGCACCUUAAACAUGCGUUCCUUCGUUUAUAUAAGAUAAUAAUAUUAUACACAAAGAUAAAGUGUGUUUCAUUCAGGUGGAAUGCUAGCUCAUAAAUAUAGCAUGAAUCUAACCUGCUAACUCGCUAAACUCCCGCUGUAUUUGUAUAUAAGAACCUGUAGAUACGUUACAUGCAUUAUAGAGCGUGUAUGUAGAGUCAAAUGCAAAAGUUUGUGCACCCCGAUCGUUGAUUUUCCACAUUAAAGUAAGCGAGUAAAUACAGGAAACAAACUUGUUUAUUUACUUUAAUGUAUUGAAAUAAAAACGUCAUUAGCAGAGGUG